AUGGGGAAAAAAAACAUUGCUGCAGUAGUUUUAGACAAUGGCUCAGGGUCAUGCAAGGGGGGACUAGCAGGUUACAGCUCCCCAGUGUCCAUCAUCAGUUCUGUAGUUGGCCGACCACAUCUGAAAUCUUCAAUACUGGGAGCUGAUCACAAGAAUUACUAUGUAGGAAAGGAAGCCCAGGCCAGGAGAGGGGUCCUGAGCUUAACCUAUCCAAUGGAGCACGGUGUAGUUACAUCCUGGGAUGACAUGGAAAAAGUCUGGCGGUAUAUGUAUAAAUAUGAAAUGCAGAUUAAAUCCAGAGAAAGACCAGUCUUAGUAACAGAAGCUCCCUUUAACCCAGUGCAGCAUCGUGAAACAAUGACUGAGAUACUGUUUGAGCAUUUUAGGGUCCCUGCCAUGUAUGUUGCAGUAGAGGCAAAACUUGCCCUCUAUGCCGCCGGUCGCACUAAUGGUAUUGUCUUGAAUAGUGGAGAUGGUGUCACCUAUGCUGUGCCUGUUUAUAAAGGGGAGUGCUUGCUGUACCCUGAGUGUCGUCUGGACGUCGCAGGCAGAGACAUCACAGAAUAUCUCAGGAUGCUGCUUAUGGAGACCGGUCAUUCGUUUGCGAGUUCUGCUGAGAAAGAGAUUGUAAAGGACUUGAAGGAGAAGCUUUGCUACGUGGCCCUAAAUCCUGAGCAGGAAAUGAGAGCUGAACAGGCCCUAAAGGAAUAUAAACUGCCGGAUGACAACACGAUCCGCAUAGGCAGCCAGCUGUUCCGUGCCCCAGAAAUUCUCUUUAAUCCAGCUAGCAAUGGCAGUGACGCACCUGGAGUGCAUGAGAUGCUGCUUAAUAGCAUUGCAAAAUGCAGCUGGUAUGUGCGGCGCAGACUUUACGGCAACAUCCUGUUAUCAGGAGGCUCUACCCUGUUUCACGGAUUUGAUGAACGAAUUUUAAAGGAGAUGCGACGCCAGGUACCAAGUAGCUGUAAAGUCACCAUCAUAGCCCCUCCAGACAGGGAAUUCUGCGUGUGGAUUGGGGGGUCAGUGCUUGCAAGUCUCAGCCAGUUUAGGCGGAUGUGGGUCACCUCUAAGGAGUAUGAGGAAGUUGGUCCAACAGUGACGGACAGGAAAUGCGGCUAA